AUGUCCCAAUAUAGAAUGUCACAGCUGGCUCCGUUGCCACGCCUUAAGGGUCUUCAGAUAGGGAAAACAAUAGGUCAAGGGGGGUUUGGAGUGGUAAAAACGGCUACUUGGAAGCAUGGCAAGACCUGCAGAGUGAUUGCCAUCAAGUUUGUUCACAUCAAGAUGGCCGUAAGACAGCAAGUUACACCAGAGAUGCUUGCGAGAGAAGCAUACAUUCAGAAAGAAUGUCGCCAUAAAAAUAUCAUCGCGUUGUAUGAUUUUGGAGCCGAUUCCAACUGGGUCUGGAUGGCAAUGGAGUUGGGUAGUAACGGUGAAUUGUUUGACAAAAUUGAACCUGAUACGGGAGUUGACGAAGAUGUGGCGCAGUUCUACUUUGUUCAGUUGAUAAAUGCUGUCGAUUUUAUCCACUCUAAAGGAGUGGCACAUCGUGACAUCAAGCCCGAGAAUUUGGUUCUUGACAGUGGUGGAAACUUAAAGCUCACUGAUUUUGGAUUAGCUAAUGUUUACAGAAAGAAGAAUGGACCCAAGAGAAUGUGUACUUCUGCAUGCGGGUCUCCUCCUUAUUUGGCACCAGAGGUGGUAACUAGGAAAUAUGAUCCAGAGAUGUCUGAUAUAUGGUCCUGCGGUAUAGUAUUACUAGUGCUACUAACUGGUAAGAUAGCGUGGGAGAUGCCUCACUCUGAAGAUCCUGAUUACGACUACUUUGUGAAAAAUAAAGGUGAAGUGUUGGUGUCUCCUUGGAACAAAUUGCCUAUCGGAGCGCUCUCAUUGCUUCGUAAAGUACUAAAUCCGAAUCCUAAGGUCAGGAUAUCCAUCAAAGAGAUUCGACGUCAGCCUUGGUUUGCCAAAAAAAACUGCUUUAUGGAUGGCAACGAACUCUGUAAAGAUUCUCUUUAUCUUACUACUCGUCUAUUGGUGAACCUCUACAUUAAUCUUUCUGAUGAAGAGUUCAACAAGGUCAACGAGAUCUCUACUCAGGCAAGUGGUAAUAAAAAGAUCCCGGAGACGCAGCCUGUGGAUUAUUUUCUAGAUGAUAUGUCCUCGAAUGUCGACACAAAGAUAUUUAAGGACGAUUACCAGCCUAUAGUGCAAGGCUUCUCGUCGUCCCAGAUCGAGUAUACUGAACAUUCGAAGCGGAAGAAGUUGAAAAAAGAGUCCAAGGAGGACGACUUGACUUUCUCUCUCAUUUCCCAGGACCCCGCUUCCCUUCAAUUCAUUAGUAAGGAUAGAAAACAGGCAAUUAAUGCCCAGAUCACACAAUUUCACCGCACUCAGGGCCAAAACCCUAACCUAUUUGCCAUUAGCUUGACAAGAUUUUUUUCUGUGUCUCCAUUGAAACAGAUUCUACUGACGAUCUUGGAGGCACUACUGAAAUUGGGACUUAGAAGCAGCAGUGACUACGAGGAUAACGAAGCAAUGGUUAAAAACUUCAGCGGGGAAGAUACUUCGGAUGGAAUUGUGACGAUACCUGUUAACGGACGAGACUCGGGUCAUUUGCUUAUAGUGGGAAACAUUAAGGUUACUAGGAUGGCGGAUAAUUUGAAAGUGCGUAAGAUCGAUUUUUUUAAGACAAAAGGUGACCCAUUGGAGUGGAGAAGGGUAUUCAGACGAGUCACUAUCUUAUGUCGUGAUGUAGUUUAUGUAGACAAUCAACGAUCAGAGUGA